GAGGCGGUAAUCUCUUGGACGGUGCGUCGCCAUCGAGACAUUUGCCUCUCUAAUCCGCGAACACAUUGAGAGAGAUCAACAAGCAUUUUUCGGACGAGCCCUGGAUCAUCGGGAAUAGGAUAGGUUUUUGGUUCAGUCAGUACGGCUGUGAUCAACGCUUGCACGGAUUCAGAAGGAUGUUUCCGAAUGGUUCCGACUCUGGGUCCGCGUUUCUUUUGUUCGGCGUUGUGAGUGCAUUCAACCUCCGCAUUUUGGCAAUUAUAGCAUAUAUUACCAGGUCUUGUUGCACUGUCACAGCGAACUUUUUUUUUUUUGCAAAAAUCACAGGCCCCUUGAGCACGGCGCUUUCUGUCACUGCCAGGGUAUGGAUACAUAGACGUGGGUGAAGGUGAAAAACUGGAUGAGCGCAGUAAUUAAUAGUAUCAUAUCAGAGUACUAUACCAUCUCCGUUCAGCACCCAAUGAAUGUGAGUAAAUGUAUG